AUGGCCUGGGGCUCUGGAUCAAUGUCAAAAUCAAGCCCUAAAGAAAAAGAUGGAAGUUCAAUAUCUGCUAUUGAAAGGGGCGUGGCCGCGAUUCGCCCGAGGGCAGAUGUUUUGCUCGGAUCUCGACUCGAGGGGCUCUUUGCCUCGAUUCCAGUUCCUUAUAGUCACAUCUCUGCUCCGUUUACUUCAUCGAUAACCGAGGCAUCCAAAGGGCUCGGUUUCACCCGUUUGCCUAAAACCGUUAAACUCAGACCUACAGUAGGGGACGAGGAUCUGUCUGUUGGCCCUUCCACAUUGGCACAACUCGGGGCUGCAGCAGGAGAAAAAAGGAAAAGGAAGGCUCCGGGCUCCCCAGGCCCAAAGAAGAAGAAACCAAAGAGAAGGUUGGCCUGCAAGCCAAAGAAAAGUUCAAGCUCUCAAUCACCUGACUCAGAAUUACUUUUUCGGCUCAGGGAUGAGCCCGAGGAUGAUAUAUUUGUGGCCCGUGAGCCAACACCUCCCCAGGAGCGGGCGAUUGUUGAAGAGGAGAUCUACGAGGUCGAUCUCCCUAAGACCAGGGAGACCGAUGAAAAGAUCAAAACUGAGAUAUCCCGAGAUGCCGGUCACGCCCUGAAGGAGGCGCCCGGUGUGAUAGAUAUUUCAAGGUUGCCUUCUUAUACCUUGUCCAUGCUCGAGAAGGCUCGAACGGGUGCGGAUUCGGCUGCUUUGGAAGACUUCAUUGGGUUGGGCGACCUAGAGGUGCCGAGGAAGCAGCCGUCUUCAGAAACUGGCGGGCUGAAUUCGAGCCCAAAGUUGAUCAGCCAGUUUCCCGCCCCGAGUACAGAUCCCGGCCGUAAGAGGUUGAUAAUCAUCACCAUCCCAGAGGAUGCUCGGGCCUCGGUACUCCAUCAUGAGAGCUUUCUUCGAUACAGGGCUGAGUUUAACCAGCUCGAGGCUGAGGCUGAGGCUAGGGAGCUUGCUGAGAAAAGAGACAUGCAUAAGCUUCUCAGCGAGCAACACGAAGGGGCUGUCAAGAAUCUCCGGGUCGAGUUGGAUGCUGCUCAAAAGGAGCAUGCCGACUUGUUGGAACAGGUAAAGAUUUUCAAGGUUAACGAUGAUGACUUAGACACGGCGACUAAUGACCAAACCUUACAGGUCCAGCAGAAGAUUGACCGGAUCGACCAACACUAUGUUGAAAUGAACGAGGUCAAGGCCAUGGCCGAUGUCUGGAAGGAAAAACUGGACCGGCUGGCUUCGGUGAAGGAGACCGCCCACGAGCAGCUGGCAUCGGUAGAGGUCCAACUCGGAGUGGCGAAAGAGAAGGUCGAAGCACAGGCUCGAAAAAUCAAGGACCUCCAAGCUCAACUGGGCUUGACCGUUGUUGAAUGA